AAAAUUAUUCCAGAAAUGAACUUGGUUUUGAUCGCAGUUUUAUUCUUGCCUGAUUUCUCCAUUUCCGCUGUGAACUUCCAGCAGCUCUCAUCUGUGUUCGUCAGAGACGGCGAUCAGAGCGUGACCCUGCGGUGCGACCAGGACAAUAAUCAGCAUUACUACAUGUUCUGGUACAGACACCCGGCAGGCAGUGGGAAAAUGGAGCUGGUCGCAUAUUCUGCAGGUCAAGACACCACGUCUGUUGAAGCUCCUUUCAGCAAGACCAAAUACACCAUGAGCCGUCCAGAAGUGCUCAGAACCUCCCUACAGAUCCACUCUCCUGAGGCUGCAGACUCUGCUGUGUACUACUGCGCUUCCAGUCUAGCACAGUGCUUCAGGCUGCCUCAGCCGCCUAACAACAACCUCAGGAGGAGGAAACAACGAGACCAGGGAGGGAAAACACUGAAAAACGUCAACAUAACAGAUGUGAACCAGUACGACCCCGCUUACUUUGGCAGAGGCACCAGACUCACCGUUUUGGUUUGUGUGCCAGAACGUUUCAGGUUUAGAGAAAUAAGGCGAGUAAAUCAGGUCGUUGGCUCUCAGCAGCUUUUCCUGCAGCUGUUUCUCAGUGUGACGAACUACGAACCUGCUUACUUUGGCAGAGGCACCAAACUCACAGUUUUAGAUAAAACGGAAGUCACUCCCCCGACUGUGAAAGUUUUCCUACCUUCAGAAAAACAAUGCAAAGACAAAACGGGGAAGAAGAAGAAGACCCUGGUCUGUGUGGCCUCUGGUUUCUACCCAGACCAUGUCAGCGUGUCCUGGAAGCGCAACAACCUGGAAAUAAUUGAUGGUGUGUCGACCGACGCCGCCGCCAAGAAGGAUGGAGAUUAUUACAAAAUCACCAGCCGGCUGAUGAUCCCCAUCAGGGAUUGGCUUAAGCCGAACAUUGAAUUUAAGUGCAUCGUCAGCUUCUUUGAUGGGACCACUAACAUCGAAAGAAAUUAUACUAUAAUAACAAAAGCUGCAGAUAAUCCAGGCAUGACUCGAGAGAACUACAUAAAGAUCAGCCAGAACGCCAAACUGUCCUACAGUGUCCUGAUCGUGAAGAGCUGCCUCUACGCCGCCUUGGUCUGCCUUCUGGUCUGGAAGCUUCAGGGAAAGCGUGGAAAGCAGACCAAGUGAGAGCAGAGCUGACGCUUUGAAUCUUCCUCCUUGUACAUAAUAAUCCUGAUCUGCUGU